UAGCCAACCGUCCAACCAACGCCCAUUGAAUGACGUCAGACUGUGUAUAGUGCAUACACAACAAGUGUCUCAGCAUAGAACGUGCCAGCAGAGCCGUUUUAGGCUCCGUUAGAAUCUGAAAUAAAAUAAUAACCAUGUCAGGAUCAGUUACGAAUUUCAGUGUUCUCUUUGUGGCGUUGCUAUCCAUGACCAUAGGAUGCAAUGCUAUACGAUGUUACCAAUGCAGUUCUGAUACUGAUAAAAAAAGUGGAGUUGACCUCUGUGGCGCGUAUACGAAAUUUAACAAGGAAGAAAAUAUCCCUAUAGAGUGCAACAGUGAGGACAGUCAUAUGCCUGGUUCAUUUUGUGUCAAGAUAACGCAGCAAAGUCCUCGAGGUUUUAUCUGGGACGGCAGGUGGCGUCAAGUAACUCGGAGAUGCGGCUCUGUCGCAAGUACCGGUGUUACAGGCGUUUGUAACUGGGGUGUGCACCCCAAUGGUGUCUAUUGGGAGGAGUGUUAUUGCUCGGAAGACUCCUGCAACGGAGCGACCGGUUUAAAGUCGACAACUGCAAUGUAUCUUUCCUUAGUAUUGCUAAUAACGAUAAGCAUACUAAGUACUUGCUCUUAACUCACGACAUUCAGAGCAUGACAUUAAGACUCGUUUGCGCAAUUCCGUCCAUCAAGACUAUUACAAGUAUUAUAAGACUCUCAGACAUGUACUUUUUAUUAUUUUACAUGUUUGCUAUAUUUUUCAUAUCAUAAGGCGACACUAAACUUUUUUUUUUAUUACUUCAAAAAGAUAUAAAUAGCUGCGUUUUAAUUUCUACAGAAUAUCUCAUGGAUUUACAUACCUGACCGAGUAGCUGCUUCCUGCAAUAGAAAAACGAAUCUCAAAUGAAAAUUAUUUAUUGUCAAGCAGUUUUAUCGUUAAACUAAAUAAGUGCAAAACGUACAAAAGAGCUUGGGACAGCUUGUAUAUAGCAAAGGCGUUAUCUUUAAUAUAUUAUUACUACUUUUAUAAAUAACAAAUAUAUCGUGCGUCUUGCGAAUAAGAAAUUUUAUGUCAAUUUCCAUCUACAGAUUAUUGGGGUAUUUCAAAUGACUCUUGGGAAUUCUCGAAUCCUUGUACUUUUAACAUACAGCGUGACAAUAUGUAUGCCAAAGGAUAAGAACCGAUUCCCAGAGGGAGAAAAAAAAUAACUGAAAAUAUGUAGAAACGUGUGAAAAAAAAAAUCCAAUUUUCUUCUUCAAUUCGAUUUCUUAGAUAUUGAGUGGAUAAGGGAAUUUGAUUUUUAUUGAAAGUUCUCCAGUAGCACACAAAAUUCCUUUGAACAUAUACAAGAAUACAGUCCACCGUCACCGUUGACGUAGAUCGUGUUAAUGCCAAAAAUUCAACGGCUACGAGUUAAUUACGUCACACGAGACUAUUAAUGCCCAGUAGAGCCGGCAACUCUUCGCAUAUAAUGCUUUGUUAUUUAGGCCCUUCCAUAUAUUACGUCGCCGGUCAUGCCAACCCUCGUUACUUGAGACGUUAUAAUUAAGACCUUCUGCCCCGUUACUGAGGGGGUUAGAUGCUAUUUUGGAAUUUGAUUUAGCACGGGGAAACUUGAGCCGCGAUAACGGUGCGCUGUCCGAAUGUAGGACUGAGUGGUGAUUAUUCAAGGAAACUCACCAUGCCCAAGGAAUCAAUCAAGUUUAUGAAUAGCAGCCUUCGAGAGUCUAUAAGGGGAUACGGGUACAUGAAGGUUGAGGAAAAAUAUAUUUUUCAUAUCAACCCUAGUUACAGCUCUGCUAAAAAGAUAUGAAAAAAAAGACUUGUAAUAAAAUAAUUUAAUAAAUCCUUUGUGUAGCAUAUACAUAUAUAUGUCUUAAAGAUAUUCAAGAACCAUUCACUUCGCCACAAAGUCAAAUUCGAGGAAUUCACAUUUGAAUGUUCCCCUAGCGGCUAAUCCCGGUACUAACUGCCUUGUAGAACAGUUUGUCGCUCUAUGUGGUAACCGUAACUAUUUUUCAUGUCCUUACGGACAGACUGCGAGAGACUGUACAACGUGCCAGUAAAUUUCACAGUAUUAAGUAGCCAAGUUAAUCCGUGGGACCCGGGCUUGGUUUUGGGAUGACUUUAGUACUCAUUUACGUGGUUAUGUAUGGGGAUGGUCAUUUGCAAAGGAAAGCGCUGAGGUUCCGGUAAAGGAUGGCGUCGUUGUUCCUUCCACGGUUAGGCGGAACCUCGCUUAAUUUUCAAACCUCGGUAAACCUGGCUGCGUUUUCGUCGUUAUUACGCCGACGCUCACUUAAUUAGCCACCACUGUGAUAAUUAACGCAAGACACCACCAUUCGCCUUUGACAAAGUUCAUACCCAGGAAACGAGCCACAUACGAUUCGCAGUGAACAAAAAAGAAAAUUUCACAAAACCGGAAGCGUCAGGACUAAAAAAAAAGGGAAGUUGAACGAAUCCUCAAGGCGGCACAAAAGAAUUUUCUUUUAAAGAGGGGAGAAAAAGGAGAGAAAAAAGUAAGAGGAAGAAAAAAAAAAGUGGGAGGUAUUACUCUCCAUUAUGCGCCAUUACCUUUUAUGAAUACAAAAGGCUACAAAACCCAAUGCGCAGACGACCCAGUAAACACGAACCUGGUACACCGAAAGGAUCCUACAUUUAUACGGAAGAUGGGUACACGUGACUACUGAAGUACCUUUAUGAAUGACACUGGGUAUAACGCGCUCCGACACUCUUCCUCCUGGCGACUAACUACUUCUGACUGUGCAUAGGGUGGCGUCAGAGAGCAGAAAUACCCCAGACUGAAGUUCGUUAAUAUUUCAUUUGGGACUUCGCGCCCCAUGAGACUCCGAGACUUUUCUCAUCUCUCUCUUUUAUCUCAAUCAUCGUACAGUCACGUUGAUGUACGACUGUGACAAAAUAAUGAAGUAUUAUAUACCAAUAAAAAUCCGUAUACACAUA